UGCCGCGUGGAUUAUACAAACUAUGUAAUGAUCACUGAAAGAGUAAAUAAGGUUUGUUGAACACAUAGUAUAUAAUAGGUGCGUUGUUCAUUGCAUUCACAAAACCAGUAAUGGCAGAAGAAUACCCGUGCGUGUAUUGUGAACGGAAUGUCGGCGAAGAUGACAGAGCGAUAUCAUACGACGAAUGUGAAAGAUGGCAACAUCCGUCGUGUGAGACUGGUGUCAGCUUACGGCAGUAUAGGAAAAUGAUGAAAGGGGAAGUCGUCGUCGAAUGGAAGCGUUGCGAGUGUAGCCAACCGGUUCCAAUGGAUGCUACACCCGAGGUGGAGGUUCCAAUGGAUGCUACACUAGAGGUACCGGAGAUACCAGAGGCUAAUGACAUUCUAUAAUGUCCGAACUCUCGGUGGAGUCUCGUUCCGACAAAGUUGAAGACAGGACAUUCAACAUCUCCAAUCGGGAGAUUGAGCAACCGAACCUGCCGCUAGACGAUUCCGUUCGGGAACGUCCUCUGGAUGCUGUAAUACCUGAGGACGGACCCAUCACAUAUGAUGUUGUAACCGGCGGCACAAAAAGAGGAGGGAAGAAGCUGGUUAGCAGCGACGGCCACUCAUACACCGCAAAGCGCAGUAAUGGUGGUCGCAAAUACUGGCAGUGCAGUGUCAGAAACAAAGCCAAGAAAUGUUACGCUAACGUCAAGCAGUUCGGUGACAUCUACACUGCUUCGUUGGGUGGGCACACUCAUCCCGCGAAUCCUGGCAUGUCCAAGGAAGUCAAGGCGCGUGUGCGGGGAACGUUCGAAAAAGGAUGUGUUCGCACCUGCGGCACUCAUUGUGGAGGACGUCCUCAAGGAAAUAAUCACGGCAAACGACGUCAACCUGCCGAAACCGGCAAACCUGGUCAGGAUUGCCAACAGAUGUAGACAGCAUCUGAGGCCUAGAGACCCAACCGAUCUGGACUUUGAGGUAAAAGUCAUAAUAAUCAUAAUACUCAAAAUACUCUUAAAUGUAGACGAGGCAAUUCAGAACGGCAUAAAUGGUUUGACAUUAGGUUACUUUCCAGCAAUAAGGACUAAUGGUGCCAACCGUAAUGUGGGAUUGAAUUGGGAGUACAAUUACGGCUUUUGGGUGUUGACAGAUAUA